UGUUCCGUCUUCAGUUUCAGCUUCGGCAAGGAGAGUUUCACUUCUGUUUCCCGUAGCGGAGGUUACGAAAGAAUGCGCUAGCUAGCCUGCCUCUCUUUCAGACCAAGCAGCUAAACAAAAAGGGCUUUUUUCCUCUUUUCAUAGACUUUCUCAACUGGAAUAAACACCAAGAGGGACAAAUCUCAGCGUGAGGUGCCUUCUCAAUUGCCACAUUGGUGUAUCUAAUGUGCCACAAGGAUGAGCCCGGCAUUUGGAGCUAUGGAAGUGGAGCACUAUUCCAAAGGGGUCCUGCUAGAGCCUUUUGUGCACCAGGUCGGGGGUCACUCCUCUGUCCUCCGGUUUAAUGACAAGACCAUCUGUAAGCCCCUUAUCCAGAGAGAACACCAGUUCUAUGAGACUCUUCCUGCAGAAAUGCGUAAAUUCACUCCUCAGUAUGAAGGUAUGUUAACAACCUUAGAAGGGGGCUGGGCGUUUUAUUCCCUUUGUAAACCCAAAUGUGCUCUUUUGUCUCUAAAAUCUCCUGUGUUGAAGAGAUUUUAGGGGGUUUCUUUUCAUGUAUUUUGAUGUUGUCUGAGCCAGGCUGUGGAGAUGCAGGGUGGAGAUGCUUGCCAAUGGGUCUUUGGGCUGACUAACAGCAUUAGAGUAGAUCAACUCUGCUGAUGAUAGCCUAUAGAGCGCCCUUAGGCACAGGUAGGUAAGUAUAUUGAUACAGCUUGUAUGUUUUCAGUAAUGAUGUGCUGCUACUUUCUGAUUUACUUGUCAUGUGUUUUUAUUUUUAUUAUUAUAUAAACUGGAUCAGUUUGCUUGUCUUGUGGAAGUUUAGUGUGGAUUAUUGGAUUGUUCUAAAUCUCCUACAUUUUGGAGGAUAGCAAUGAAAGCUAAAAACUACUGUUAAACAUAUUCAGCUUGUUUUUGCCCUUAAGGAGAUGGAAAAAAAACCCCUGUGGCCAUUAGGUAGGCAAAAGGUGAAAUACCGUCGAGGAGGCUGUCUCGGAUGGUAUGUGGAAGUGGAUAUUCCAGUUUUUCUAAGCAUUGCAUUAAGCAAUCAAAACAUUUUGCUUUCAUGGAGUACCCAAACAAUUUAAAGAUAGUCUGUAUUUUAACAUUAAAUUUUAUAUUGUAUUAUAUUUCUUCACUGAACUAAGCAAGCAUGAUUUCUUCCAGAGAGAGAGAGAGAGAGAGAGAGAGAGAGAGAGAGAGAGAGAGAACGAACGAACGAACGAACGAACGAACGAACACUGGAGGAAAACUAGGAAAGAUACUGUUACUUGUAUUGCUGUAAUGGUGUGCAUACUUAUCAAAACAUUUAAAAAGUCUUAUUACAAGCUGUUAGAAAUGAUAGAUGAGAAUGUGACUUAUGAAUGUUUAACAAAAUGUAAUAAAUUGUACUAGCAUAUGUGGUUUUUCUCUUUUGGGGGGUGUUUGGGAGGGAUUAAGGGGGGGCUUAUUUGGUCCAUCUUUGUUGUUUUUUCCAGGAUAAAGCCAAUGGCCAUUUUCUAGCUGGCUUCCCCCCUUUCCUGUAGUUCUUUCUGUGUGGGCAGCAGGAGUGUCAGUCAAAGCUUCCGUACUCCCCACCCUUGCUACUGUAGGUCCCAGAGCCGUCUGCCCUGCCAGAAGUGCCAGUCUCGCCAAGAACCCUAGUGAUGGCCGGCAAGAAUGUGCAGAUUGAUUGAUUUGAGGAUAAAGAGAGAGGACUGAGAACACCCCCCUAUUCAUUCAGCCAGUUGUUACAACUUCUGCCGUAACAGUCCUAUAUGGCAUCGGGGUGCAGCCCUGACAGAACUUUCCUCUAAGACUCUCAAAAUAGAACACAGUGCUCUAGAGACUUUGAGAUGAGCAGGCAAAAAUGCUUUGAGGUUCACCAUGUUUGAUGUAUCUCAGUCAAAUUUGUUUUGUACUAUAUUUUGUUAUUUAUUUGACAAGAUUGCUACGUAAGUGAAAUCAAUAAACAAUAUUCCCCAAAGGAACAACAACAAAAAAGAAUUGUAAAAUUAAACGUGGUGAUUCUAAGUGGAAGCCUUUGAAUUAGUUGUCUGUUGUAAUGUGUGCUGUUGUUCUUGUUUUGCCCUACUCUUGCAAGCCUUUCCUUUUCCCUGGAAUAUAUUAACCCUUCUGAAAGCCUGUGUUUGAAAAAAUGCUUUUAGCUUUGCUGCUAAGCAAAACUUAAAGCUCUUGGUGUUUCUGUGCAGGGCAUAUUCCACUGCAAGAUGUAAAUAAACUAUGUUUUACAUCUCUCUUAGGGACAGAUAAGUCAGCUUAUUUAAAAGAAUAAUAAUAAAAAUUUUCAAUAAUUGAAAACGUCUCCUGUUAUUAUUUGAUUACUCUGUGAUUCUGCUCACAAGAAAGAGAAGAAUCUCCUGUAUCGUUAAUGUGUUGUCUUCAUGAUAAAUUGUCUUCUCUGUGAGGUGUCACCUUGUCUAGAUGUUUUGAUAUUUGUUAGGUGGACAGAUGAGUUUUGGCCUGUGGCAAGAUAAAAAACUAAGGACUGGGGUAAGAGAAAAACCAAAGUUGCUAUAUUCUUAGUAUAAAAUUAUGUUGUGUUGUAAGAAGUAUUGCCUUCUAAUUUCUCUAGUCUUAACUGGCUGUCUCAUUUCUUCUCUCAAGGUGUGGUAUCUGUAAGCUUUGAAGAGGAUGAAGAUGGAAACCUCUGUCUAAUAGCUUAUCCAUUAAAUGGGGACCAUGAUAACUUAGAAAGCCUAGAUAAUUCUGACUGUGAACCCAAAAAUAAAUUGCUCCGGUGGACUAAUAAAAAGACUGUAUUGCUAGAAAAUGAAAAGCUAACUAAGGAAUGGGUCCGGCAGCACAGGAAAGAAGAAAAAAUGAAAAGUCAUAAAUUAGAGGAAGAAUUUGAGUUGCUGAAGAAAUCUGAAGUGUUGUAUUACAGUGUUGAGAAAAAGGGGAAUGUCAGUUCGCAGUUUAAACAUCAUAAUCCUUGGAGUAUAAAAUGCCAUCAGCAGCAGCUACAGCGAAUGAAGGAAAAUGCAAAACAUCGGAAUCAAUAUAAAUUCAUCUUACUGGAAAACCUGACCUCACGAUACGAGGUGCCUUGUGUGUUAGAUCUCAAGAUGGGAACCCGGCAGCAUGGAGAUGAUGCUUCCGAAGAAAAGAAAGCUAAUCAGAUCCGGAAGUGUCAGCAGAGUACUUCGGCAGUUAUAGGAGUCCGUGUGUGUGGUAUGCAGGUUUAUCAGCCAGGUACUGGCCAGUUAAUGUUUAUGAAUAAGUACCAUGGAAGGAAGCUUUCUGUCCAAGGAUUUAAAGAAGCACUUUACCAGUUCUUUCAUAAUGGCAAAUACCUGCGACGAGAACUUUUUGAAUCUGUUCUAAAGAAACUGACUGAAUUAAAAUCGGUCUUGGAGAAACAGGAAUCAUACCGCUUUUACUCCAGCUCUUUGCUCAUUAUUUAUGAUGGAAAGGAGUUACAAGAUGUAGCUGUGGACUCUGACCCAGAAGACCUCGAAGGUCUUUCAGAGGAGUCGUCGGAUGAAUCAGCAGGCGCAUAUGCUUACAAGCCCACUGCUAGCUCUGUUGAUGUUCGAAUGAUAGACUUUGCCCACACAACAUGCAGGUAUUAUGGAGAAGAUAGUGUGGUGCAUGAGGGCCAAGAUACGGGUUAUGUUUUUGGACUUCAAAACUUAAUAGUUAUUAUAAAAGAAAUAAGGGACGAAAGCAGCGAAUAAACAUUUAGAAUGCAAAACCGUAGAAAGUGCUAUAGUGACUCUUUGUAUUCCAGACAUAUUGACCACUUUCUGGUGGUAGCAACCUGUACAGAAUCUGUGGGGAUGGCCCCAUCAGAGUCAGAGCUGUGCAAAAGAGGGCAUUUCCUUUUAGUGGUGCUAGAGGUAGCACUGACACAUCUGGGUAUCUUUCUUAUUUAUUUUAACUCUCUCGUAAACAUUCCACAUUUGAUUAUUCAAAUACCUCUGUUAUUCCUGUGUGUAUAUGUACCAAUAAAAUUCUUUUUGUUCAUUGUAAA